CAUCUCUCAUGGCAAUCUCCAUCACGAAAGGAGAUCAUCCAUCCGGCGAACAGAACUCAUCCAUCUCUCAUGGCAAUCUCCAUCUCCGCUUGUGCAACUCGUCACUGGACCAACUCCAGUAUUCCUCCAAGUAAACAAUUGAAAUUCGUUGGUCAAUCUGUGCUUUUCUUUAUUUGGGUAGAGAGCAUUGUCAACUCGGAUCAUAACGGUGGGAAGAAGAGGUCCCCAGGUGUGCAGUUGCUGGUAGAUGGGUAUAUCGAUAAGUUCAGAAACUACUGUCCUGUGGAUGAUGUUCUAAUUCGAGAUGUGAGCGCCCAGGUUGAUGAUGAAGAUAUGGCUGUCAUUAACCAUAUCAGGUCUGAUGACUGGGUUGUGAUGUUGGAUGAGCAUGGAUUGGAUAUAGGGUCUGAGCGGUUUGCUGAAUUAGUAGGAGAUGCAGGGAAUAAGGGAGCUUCAAGGUUAUUAUUUUGUGUUGGUGGACCUUAUGGUCGUGGAAGACAAAUACAAGAACGUGCUAAUAUAUCAGUCAUCUUCGAUGGUCUUGAAUCAUCAAAUUGCACUUGUUGUGCUUGUGGAACAACUUUACAGAAUCUAGCUGCUUCUGACUGAGCUUGCAUCACAUUACCGUAGAUAAUCUUUAUUACUUUAUGUGCUAGGAGAAGUCAAAGAGCGUUCUCUAAAGGGCCAUUUUUUUUCAGGUCAUGGAAUAUUCUGAAGGGGCAGAAGUACCAUCAUUAGAUAUUUCUCUUUUUCUGAACCAUUCAAUGUGAGUAAUGCUAAACUUAAUGCCUAGCAUUACCAAUACUUUCAAUCAAAUUAAUCUCUCCGCUGCAAAACAGGGUUGCUUGGGACACAUCUGAGCAUGUUAAUUGUAUUGUCAAGUAUUUUAUCCAUAAGUAUAGAUUGGGAACCUAGAGUGUCCCUUUUUAGUAGACUAAGACCGGGACAAGUUACUGUAGUUCUGAAUAUCUGGCAGUUGGUCUAACCUUCAAUUUAGUCUAUACGAAAACAUAAACAUGGAUGUGGCAAUUUCACUGCAGAAAGUCGCACACGCAAGCAGUAUAUCUAAAGUAAAGCUUGGUUUGGCCAUUUGGAUCUACGUUUCAAGCAUUUCGGUGGUUAAGUGCGAUUGUGUCGAGUGGUCCUGGAUUUUCAAGCUACUAAUAUGAACCACAUUCUAAGGAGGACCAACUUCUGCCGUAUUUUCAAAAUAAGACAUAUUAAUACAG